AUGGCGACAGUUGCAGUAGAUAGCAGCCAAGAACCAGCGCCAGAGUGCAGCACUGCAUUCGCUCCAACCGAUAAUGACUUCAGCCAACAACAUUAUUUAAUCCCUGGCUACAAUCUAAUAUUCAUCAAAGAAGAAGAUCCCCAAAAUGGAGAAGACAUUUCAGAAGAAGUUGACUUUGGCACAGUGAAGAGUGAAGCAGAGAUGUGGCCUUCUAUCAGCGGCACUGCCAAUGCAACAGAAGUAGGUGGACUGGAUGCAUAUUCAAUCUCUCCAGUGGAAAAGUGCACUGAGCCAACUGUGGCUGGCAAAGAGACCAAGCUCUACAGCUGUGCUGACUGCAGCUAUAAAACACCAUGGAUCAGGCAUUUGAAGAUACACAUUAGAGGACACACUGGGGAAAAGCCUUUGAGUUGUGAGAUGUGUGACUAUAAAUGCCGUCUGAAAUCUAGCUUGAGAUCACAUUUCAGAACACAUACAGGGGAAAACCCAUUCAGUUGUGACCUUUGUAACUUCAAAUUUGCUACUGCAAGCAAUUUAAAGAUACACAUUAGAGGACACACUGGGGAAAAGCCUUUCAGUUGUGAGAUGUGUGACUAUAAAUGCCGUCUGAAAUCUAGCUUGAGAUCACAUUUCAGAACACAUACAGGGGAAAAACCAUUCAGCUGUGACCUUUGUAACUUCAAAUUUGCUACUGCAAGCAAUUUGAAGAUACACAUUAGAGGACACACUGGGGAAAAGCCUUUCAGUUGUAACUUUUGUGACUACAAAUGUGCUACUUCAACCCAAUUGAAAGUCCAUAUCAGAUCACAUACAGGUGAAAAACCAUUCAGUUGCGAAUUCUGUGACUUUAGAUGUGCUGCUUCAGGCAAUUUGAAAAUACAUAUUAUCAGUACACAUAAAGGUGAAAAACCAUUCAGUUGUGACCUUUGUAACUUCAAAGGUGUUACUUUAAGCCAUUUGAAAGUACAUAUCAGAACACAUACAGGUGUAAAACCAUACAGUUGCGAAUUUUGUGACUAUAGAUGCAGUCGGAAAUCUAGCUUGAAAUCACAUCUUAGAAUACAUACAGGUGAAAAACCAUUCAGUUGCGAAUUUUGUGACUAUAAAUGUAGUCGGAAAUUCAGCUUGAAAUCACAUCUCAGAACACAUACAGGUUAA